GGGAGGUGCUCACGCUGCAGUUGGGACACUUUGCGGGCUUCGUGGGAGCGCACUGGUGGAACCAGCAGGAUGCUGCGCUGCGCGAACCGGCCCACGCCAAGGAGACGCCCGAGGAGCUGUGCCCCGACGUCCUGUACCGGGCCGGCCGGACGCUGCACGGCCAGGAGACCUACACGCCGAGGCUCAUCCUCAUGGACCUGAAGGGUAGCCUGAACUCCCUAAAACAAGAAGGUGGACUCUACAGGGACAAACAGCUGGACGCAGCGAUCGCGUGGCAGGGGAAGCUCACCACACACAAAGAGGAACCCCAUCCCAAGAACCCUUAUCUCCAGGACCUGCUGAGUGCAGAGGGGGCGCUGAGUAGCGAUGGCAUCUGGAGGACCAGAUCCCUCCCCAAUGGCAAAGGUCCCACUCCACUCACCACCGCUACGAGUCCGAAGCCACUUAUGCCCACAGAGGGCAGCAUCCGGGUCUGGUCAGACUUCCUCAGAGUCCACCUCCACCCCCGGAGCAUCUGCAUGAUCCAGAAGUAUAACCAUGAUGGCGAAGCCGGCCGCCUGGAGGCGUUUGGCCAGGGGGAGCGUGUCCUGCAGGAGCCCAGGUACCUGGAAGAGCUGGAGGACAGGCUGCACUUCUACGUGGAGGAGUGCGACUACCUGCAGGGCUUCCAGGUCCUGUGUGACUUGCACGAUGGCUUCUCUGGGGUCGGCGCCAAGGCCGCAGAGUUGCUACAGGACGAGUACUCGGGGCGCGGGAUCAUUGCCUGGGGCCUGCUGCCGGGCCCCUACGCUCUUGGGGAGCCCCGGAGGAACGUCUACCGCCUGUUGAACACUGCGUUUGGCCUGGCGCGCCUGUCCGCUCACAGCUCCCUGGUCUGCCCCUUGUCCCUGGGAGGGAGCCUGGGGCUGCGGCCCGAGCCGGCCGUCCACUUUCCUCACCUGCGUUACGACGCCGCUCUGCCCUUCCACUGCAGUGCCAUCUUGGCUACAGCCCUGGACACAGUCACUGCCCCUUACCGCCUCCACUCCUCGCCAGUGUCCAUGGUUCACCUGGCUGAGAUGCUGAACUACUCCGGGAAAAAGGUGGUGACAGCAGGAGCCACCAUCCCCUUCCCCUUGGUUCCGAGCCAGUCCCUUCCCGAUACCCUGGUGCAGCUUGGAGGGGCCACCCCGUGGACCCCACUGUCUGCGUGUGGGGACCCAUCGGGAACACACUGCUUUGCCCAGUCGGUGGUGCUGCGGGGUCUGGACAGAGCGUGCCACACCAGCAGCCACCUCACCCCGGGGACGCCGCUGCCCUCCCCACUCCACGCCUGCAGCACUGGGGAGGAGGUCUUGGCCCUGUACUUACAGCAGCAGCAGCCCAGGGCCAGGAGUUCUGCCCAUCUGCUGCUGGCUCCUUGCAAGGUGGCACCUCCUUACCCCCGCCUCUUCUCACGCCUCCACCAGCAGGGCCUGGUUCCAGACGCUGCCCCAACGGGGCCAGUGGUGGACAGCAUCCCGGUGCUCGGCGCCCUCUGCUCGUCGUCUUCCUGGAACCGGACACUCGGGGACUUGGCCCAGGAGCUGAGCACACUGGACCUGCGGCGCUGGGCUAGCUUCAUGGACGCCGGGGUGGAGCGGGACGACUUCCAGGAGCUGCUGCAGGAGCUCCACGGCCUGGCCCAGUGCUACCGUGCUGGGGACAGCCUCGAGGCCUGAGGCCCCAGGAACAGAGGGCGCUCGCUCGCUCACAAUAAAAAGUGCUGGUGCGGGA